AUGUGCGCUCUUCUCCAGUGCUGCCUACUUUAUGACGAGUCUGUGUUGAACGAAUUGGAUGGUUUGUCUCGUGACGCUGCGGUGGCCAAGUACGGUUCCGUGGGGCACGCGGUGCGGGUGCGGGAAGGUGCGGCAGCCGCACUCCACUACCUGCGGGACACCAAGCCACACUCACUCAAGUGUGUCACAUCCCAGGGAUCAGUGCUCUCCUCAACCACCUUCACUGCAGAGAUAGACAUGCCGGAUGCAACUAACGAUGACAAGAUUCUGUCGUGUUGCGUUCAUUUCUGUAGCGACAACACACAACGACGACCCAUCAAAACUGGUGUGAGGAGGUUAUACAGAGAGGUGGUGCUUUUGACUGAGGACCGCAACUUGAGGGUGAAGGCUCAUGCUCGCGACGUGCCUGUCAGAGACCUACUGGAUUUUGCUCACUGGGCAGGUGUUAGGUGAGGUAUAGGGGGUGAGUAACCAGCAACCACCCAGUCACCAUUCUUCAGACUAGGCACAACUCUCUUCUGUGUUCUCAGGUGAGAAGUACGAGCGGCGGGCGAUGACAUAAUGAGGACUCCAGUGUAAGCUGACAGUUGGACACUUGCACGACCUUUACAUCUAACUUGUCUCACAACUGAAUUUAGAGUCCAAAUCUAAGUUUUAAUUAUUUUUGACACUUAGCAAUUUAAAGUUGGUUUAGUUCGAUUUUAACUUUUUUUUUUUACUGCAGUGCAGUCAGUAUCCUCAUGGACAUCAGACCACUGCAGGUAUAAUUUAUGCACAUUUUCUUAUUUCAUCCAAAACUAUGUAGCCCUGAAAGAUGCAAGUAUUUAUUUAAAAAAAUUUUAACGUACAUCUGUUAACAUUUUUAGCACAAGCUCUUACAGCAUACUCUGGCCUAUCUAUGAAGGCCAGUGUCAAUACACUCUUGAUAAGUUAUGCAAUUCUACAUCUUACUAACUAUAGAACAAAUGCUUGUCGAGUACAGCAAGUAUAUGGUUUGUAAUGUGAAUCUAAAUGAUGCUGAGGGGAAAUACAGUAUGGUACAAAAUGUAUAUUAAAGAGGGAUUACACAGAAGUUAAAACUUACAACAGUAUGAAAGGUCGACAGUUUUAUUAUACAUCUGCUGAGUUUCUCUGGAUCUGCAUUUCCAAUGAGACAGUUGAUUACUGUACUUAAGUUAGUAUAAAGCUUUUUUUAAGUUCAUCUAUUAACCUUUAACAAGUGGACCACACAAUGCAUUAUGCAUAGUGUUUUAUUUCAUUAAUAUUUUAACUUGGAUAGGUUAAAUUAAUAUCAAAACUUUAUUCUGUAUUUGUUCAUUUCUUUUUGUAUAGGUCAGUGUACAUAGUUGAAUCAUCCUACAUUGUAAAAUAUUGCAAUCAUUGUCUAGAGCAUUAUAGAGAAUGCUAUAAGCUGUAUCAAUAGAGUAUUUUUUUUUAUAAAUUGUAACAUGUACAUAACCUGAUGGUUAUAUUUAGGUGGAGGGCAAAGGUUAUGUCCUCUGCGAGGGUGUAGUUAAUGCAACCUGGGGAAGGACUCCUUGUAAAGUAACCUGUAGGGGUUUUUACAGGAACCAUUUUCCCCAAAGAUUGUGCUCAGACCAUCCCUUGGGAGGGCCUUUUCUUUGAUUCUGCCUACAUCAAAAACGUCCAUACUAUCACUCUGAUAGUCCCACAAGUGUGUAAUAUAUGGUUGGUAGUGAUUUUUUAAAUUAUCAAAAAGAAGCGCUAAGCCAAUGUGAUUUUUUAAAGAUAUUUCUAAUUACAUUUACACAAAAGUGAAUAUACUGUACAUUAAUAGAAGGAUUAUUUUAUUUUUCAGUUAAGCAAUUUGGAAACUAAAUGAAUGAGAAAAUUCAAAAGAAGAAAUUUUGUUUAAUGUCUUGAUUUUCUUUAUAUAUGUAGUCAGUUUAUUAUCGAUACAAAAUUCUUGAUACUUAAUGUACAACUAAUUUUGUGUAACCUAAGAAAAAUAGGAAGGUUAAAAUGCUAGUUCAUUUGUUUCAUACAUGAUAUUUUUAUAUACAAUAUUGAAGCUUAAUUUAUUAAUGAAAAAUUUAAUUUCACACCAUAAAAAUAAUUGUAUACCGAGUGAAAAAAAAGAUUAAAAAUUUAAUUAUAAUGAUUCAAUAGUAUUAAUACUUCCUACACCAUGAACAAAAAUAUUUCAUUUAUUGUAACUUUUUAGCUUUUGAUAUACUCUGUGUACUUAACUUUAUGAAAUAAUUUACACUAUGGUUAUUUUAGUUUGAAAUUUUACUUCAAUGUGUGUUGGUUAAAUUUAUGUGUUGUUUAUAACUUACAUCCCACACCUGUCCUUAAUAUUAACUUUACAAGGUACUCCAGGGAAAUUUUGAUUCAUAAAUAUCCAAAAAUAUCUCUGAUCUCAUUUUAAGCCACCUUGAUUUAUCUUCAGAAAUAUUCAUAAAAUGUAGAAGGCACUUGCAUUGGUACUACAUAUAAGGAUAACACAAUGAAUGUGUGCAUAUCAGAGUUUCCUGGUCACAACUUUAUUGACUCUGCCUCUUGCAUACUCCUCACCCUUGCUGAUCUCUGAUAUUCCCAUAUUACAUCUUGAAAACAUCCAGUGCUGUAUGACCCUUGUGGGUUUAGCAUGCUUCGUUUUGAUUGUAAUUAUAAUAAAGUUUAGUACAGUGGACCCCCGCAUAACGAUUACCUCCGAAUGCGACCAAUUAUGUAAGUGUAUUUAUGUAAGUGCGUUUGUACGUGUAUGUUUGGGGGUCUGAAAUGGACUAAUCUACUUCACAAUAUUCCUUAUGGGAAUAAAUUCGGUCAGUACUGGCACCUGAACAUACUUAUGGAGUGAAAAAAUAUCGUUAACCGGGGGUCCACUGUAUUAGCAUUUGGAGAAAUGGAAAUGGUUUCAAUGCCAGAAUGAUAGUUUUCUAUUUCCUUUCCCACCCUCAACAUAAUUGCCAUAAACCACAGUACGGUGGAUUUAGAACUCAUGACAAGCGAGUUGUAAAACCCCAGGCCAGUUUCUUUGAGGGGACAUUAGUUCAUUACGGCCAUGCUGGCAAGAGAUUCAUCUGUAAAAACUUGCAUUUGUGGUCACAGUGGGGCCUAUGCUGACCUCCCUAUGGUGUAUAAAUAUACCUAGUUGAACGAAUCUUACUGUAGCCAGUUGGCCCAAUGGCUUAUGCACUGGCCUGGAGCUUUACGAUUCAUUCGUCAUGGGUUCAAACCCCACCCAUACCGUUGUUACGAUUUCAUGAGUCAUUACCAUAAUAUGGUCAUGAGGUUUGAGUGGAUUGUGGUUAGAAGUAGGGGUCUCUAGCCAUUAAAUUUGCUGACACAGCCAAUGACGCUCAACAAAUUAUAAAUGGGCAUUGCAGAAUGUGGAAAAUACUUCGAAUUUAUUAUUAUUAUUAUAAUCAAAAAGAAGCACUAAGCCACAAGGACUAUACAGCAAAUAAUUUGAUAAUGGUUGUAAAUAAAAUUUACAUAUAUGUGGAAUGCAAGAAAGGAGAAAUUUAUAAAGGUCUUUUAUUGUAGUGAGACUGGUGCCGGUAUCAUAAUUACAUACCAGAGAGACUGGUAUAUAAUUAUGAACCCAAUUAUACAAGACAAUCAAUCAGCUAUGCUUGGCGUUCAACUCCCGUAGAGUUAUGUGACAGUAAAUGCAAGUAAUUAUCUCUUAAAUGGUUUAAGUCAGUGGUUCCCAAA